UGGAGGCGUGCGCGGCGCGCGGCUCCUUAUUUCCAAGGUUGGAGCUGCUCGGGGCCGCUAGCUCGAUUUGCAUGUUAAAUUUUAAAAUAAAGACAGGCGGAGGAAUUUUAAUCCCUCAGGGAUUUUAGAAUCCGAAGAGGCUCCUUAAAAGCAGACCUGAUGGAAGUAAAAGAUUGCACGUAUAAAUCCAUCGCCCCAUAGGCUUGGAGACUUGGAGAAGUAAUACUCGCAGCAGUCUCUGAUCAAUUUUAAAACCGGAGGCACGAGAAAGUGGGAAAGAAGGAUCGGUUUUCUCGUUGGCAUCUUUUGUGGUGGCUUCUCAUCGUUGAUACCGGGAAGAUCUCUGACCAAUGGGCGGAAGGAUGGCUUCCGUCGUGGGCGGGCUUUAAGAAUGGCCUUGAGUAGGCGCACGAAUUCAAGGGGCUUGUGUCCAAUGCCUUUGCAAGCGCGGAGGCAUAGAGCGGCGGAGCUGUCAGUCUUCAUCUCUCGGACGAUCUUCUUCCCAGACUAUUGGAAAAACGAUGCCCGUGUUGGCAGAAGGGGGCUUGGCUUAUUGCAUUGGCAUCAUCUUGCUUUGUCUAAGAGAGUUUGCAGCUGAGCCUUCAAAAUGGAUAGCAAUGAGGAACACUCCCCAGAUGCCCCAUGAAAUUAUAAUCCCUCAGUGGAGAGCAGAUGCAAGCUCAGGCAAUGACAAGCAUCCAUCGAGAGCAGAACUCAGGAUAACAGCUGAAGGAAGAAACUUUAUUGUGGAUGUUGAAAAGAACGAGGAUCUCUUUGCACCAGACUACACUGAAACUCAUUAUACUAAAACUGGAACAGCCCAAACCAUCUCCUUGAACAAAACAGAUAAUUGCUUUUACCAUGGAAGAGUGAGGGCCAUUCGAGAAUCAAGUGUGGUGCUCAGCACAUGCAGAGGUCUACGUGGCCUUAUACUUAUAAGCAACAACAUUAGUUACGUCUUAGAACCUCUUCCUGAUAGUCAGGAGCAGCACUUAAUCUACAGGUCUGAGCAUCUCAAAGUUCCUCAUGGAAGUUGUGGAAAUGAGCAUUUGGAAUCAAAGGUGACAGAUUGGCUUGCAGAGUUGUCAGGCCGAACUGAAACACGUCACCACAGGGUGAAGAGGGAUGAUCAACAAUCAAUGAAAUAUGUGGAGCUUCUAUUAGUAGCUGAUUAUGCAGAAUUUCAGAAAAAUAAAUAUGAUCUUCAAGCAACCAAGAAUAAACUAGUGGAAGCUGCCAAUUAUGUAGAUAAAUUUUACAGGUCGUUAAACAUACGGAUUGCUCUGGUUGGACUUGAAGUUUGGAAUGACUAUAAUAAGUGUGACAUCUCUGAGAACUCGCAUUCAACGCUUUGGUCAUUUCUUGCUUGGCGACGCAGAUUACUAAUACAUAAAAAGCACGACAAUGCCCAGUUGGUUACUGGCAUGUCCUAUGGUUCUACUAUUGGCUUGGCCCCUCUGAUGGCUAUGUGUUCGGCUUAUCAGUCUGGAGGGAUAAAUACGGAUCACUCUGAAAAUGCCAUUGGAGUUGCUGCCACUAUGGCCCAUGAGAUGGGUCACAAUUUUGGCAUGAAUCAUGAUUCAGUUGGCUGCUGCUCUGCCAGUCCCAGAGAUGGAGGGUGUAUUAUGGCUGCUGCAACAGGGGCACCCUUCCCCAGAGUCUUCAAUGAAUGCAAUAGGAAAGAGCUGGAACGGUAUCUGCAAUCUGGCGGUGGGAUGUGCCUUUACAAUAUGCCAGAUACAAGGACCUUAUAUGGAGGACAGAGGUGUGGAAAUGGGUAUCUGGAAGAAGGGGAAGAAUGUGAUUGUGGAGAAGUAGAGGAAUGUCAUAAUCCUUGCUGCAACGCUGCUGAUUGCACUCUGAAGCAGGGUGCUGAGUGUGCUCAUGGAAUUUGCUGUCACAAAUGCAAGUUGGUUUCACCUGGAACACUUUGCCGGGAACAGGCGAGAACAUGUGACCUACCAGAACACUGUUCGGGCAAAUCACCAUUUUGCCCUGCAAACUUCUAUCAGUUGGACGGUACACCCUGUGAGGAUGGGAGGGCAUAUUGCUACAAUGGAAUGUGUUUGACAUAUGAGCAGCAAUGUUUGCAGCUCUGGGGAUACGGAGCAAGGCCAGCCCCUGACCUUUGCUUUGAGAAAGUUAAUGCUGCUGGAGAUUCCUAUGGGAACUGUGGGAAAGAUAUCACUGGGAACUACAGGAAGUGCGACACAAGAAAUGCUAAAUGUGGCAAGAUACAGUGCCAAAGUUCUGCUUCUAAGCCUGUGGAGUCCAAUGCUGUUGCAAUUGAUACGACUAUCAAAUUAAAUGGAAGGGAAAUUCAUUGUCGCGGUACCCACGUCUAUCUAAAUGAAGAAGAUGAAGGAGAUAUAUUAGACCCAGGUCUUGUGAUGACGGGAACCAAAUGCGGUGACAGUCAUGUGUGCUUUGAGGGCCACUGUCAGAAUACCUCCUUCUUUGAGAGUGGAGAUUGUGGAAAAAAGUGCAACGGCCAUGGAACUUGCAACAACAAUCACAACUGCCAUUGUUUCAGUGGAUGGGCACCUCCAUUUUGUGAUAAACCUGGAAAGGGAGGAAGUCUGGACAGUGGCCCCAUGCUUGAAAAAAAUCCUAUUCCAAUCAUCAUAGGUGUCCUGGUUUCCAUCUUGCUUUUGACUUUAAUUGGACUAGCUUUUUGCUGUUAUAAAUGGAGAGCCAAACUUGUGCCAAUUAAGAAGAUUAUCUUUACUUCCAAGAAAACCCAACAGUCCAGCCCACCUCUUUCCAUUCAGAAAGAAGUGGAUGGACAUGCCAACCCAACAUUCAAAUCGAAAACUCCACAAGGACAGAGAAAGAUUACUGAUAUACAGAAUAUACCUUCAAAACCUGAAGUGCUGUAUUGCCAGCCACCUGCAGAGUUCAAGAGACAGGGGCAGACACCACCCCCGGUUUUUCCAGCUAACUAUACAAAGAAACCCCUCUUGCUGGAACAUCAGACCGAGGAGAAACAUUUGCCAAAACGAACUCCACCAAGCAGGCCUGCACCGCCACCUCCAAACGUCAUGGUUCAGCAGGAUUCUUCCAGACUAAGACCACCUCAGAGAGCGCUUCCAGCUAAUCCAGUCUCUUCAAGCAAGAAGAUGGGGUUGUCCAAAGUGAAUACAGGAACAGUACCAUCAUAUGGCACUGCAAGGAAUACAGGAAUUCAUGCUGUCUUGGCAGAGAAUCGAGCCAUGAGAAAUCCUGGAGCAGCACAUACUCUGAAGUUUAGAAACUGAAUUUUGUCCUACGGUUCUAAAAUCUACAUCAAUUCCAUUUGGUUUCACCUGCAAUUUUCAAGGGCUGUGUUUCAUUUUGUACAAAUCUCAGGCCUAAAGUAACUGAGGCCAAUUUCAGAGCAAUCUUUAGGAAAGGACCCCAUAUUUUGUGGCAUGGGCUGAUGCAAUUCUCUAGAAAAGGUCUAGCGAUCUCCCAGUACAUACCAAGGACCUUUCUCCAUUAAAUUUGUUUAUUUAAAUUCACAUACAGAGAGAAGCAGAGGACCUAAUUACUCCUGUAAUUUGUUGUUUCAACAAUAGACAGAUUGAAUAAUCAACAUUGCAUAAUGGAGCCAAUACAUCUAUCUGUGAACAACUUCGGGAACAAAAUCUGAAGUCCUUUGAAGAAGAGGGAAAUGUGAUGCCCCAACAGCAUCUCAUGCUGGUGAAAGAUCCUCCCAAACUACUUUAGAUCAUAUAGAAGAGUUUCCUAAUUUGAAGGAUUUUGCUGUAUAUGCAUUUAAGAGAAGAAUUUUCUUUCCCUUUAAGGAAUCUUCUACUUACAUAUAUGUAACCUCUUAUAGUCUUCUAUGGAGACAGCUGUCAGUCCAAAGUUUUUUCAGUCCAUAGUUUUUCAGAAUUUAGAAAUUUUAGCAAUGUAAGUGCAGUGAGUUCAUAUUUUGCCUUGAACUUCCACGGUCCUCUGAGGUAUACUCAGGUCUACUUGCCUUGAAAUUGUUUAACAAGUACUGACCAGCUAUGCAGGUGUGUUUUUGUGAUGGCAAAUAUUUCCCUUCAGCCUGGAUGGUCUUGGUAUUAUUUCUUCUCAGCUGUAUUUGCUUCAGGUCUUAUGCAGUGAUGGGAUUCAGCCAGUUUGCACCACUUCGGCAGGACCAAAGUAGCUAAUUUUUUGUUGCCCAGGUCCAGAAUGGACUUCCGGAAGUGGCAUCCACACAGAGAAGUGGUUGUUCACAUAUUUGAAUCCCAUCACUGAUCGUAUGUAUCUCUGAAAUGCAACUUUGGUAAGUGAUUGCUGAGUUUUCCUCAAGUGUUAUAUGAGGAAAUUCCAACAGAAAGUGAAGAAUGGAGAGAUGCUUCCAUUAUGAUACCCUUCUCUAGUCCAAAAGAAAAUAUGUUGAAGUGAGUUCAUAAACUUUUUAUAUGAAGAGAAAAGUAGGACCUUUUAGAGGGGACUAGAAUAGAGAAGAAAAUGACAAAAAUUAGGUUGGACUGUAUCAUGCAUGGGGCAGGGGCAGGAUUUUUUUUCUGUUUUUUUUUUUUUGUUUGUUUGGUGAAGUAGGGUAGGUUUUUAAAGUUGUAUUAUGCCUAUUUUAGGUAACUUUAGAGUUUAUUUAUUGUCUGUCUUGAAAUGACAGGAACCAACAAUUUGCGGUACAGUUGGAGAAGGUGCAAAAAAGAGACUUUUUAAAAUUCUUUUGCUCUGAGGGAUGUGGCAAACCCUUGUCCCAAUACCCCAUGGUGUGCUGGCUUCUCCUGGCUCACAAGAGCCAAUUGUUAAAUUUUCUUGAAUUUUGUGAGCUGAUUGAGAACAGAACUCUGAGCUACAAUGCCUAGCACACUGAUCACCAUUUAUCAGCACAUCACUACCCAUAUUUUACGUACCGGGAGAUCCUCAUGGAUUUUGCUGCAUGGACUUUACUUUCAUGAGGACAAAAAAGGAUGAGAGAUAUUAUCCAGGGUCCACACAGUGUUUUUGUCAUUGCUGCCCCUCAAUUAAUAUUACCAAGACACUCUACUUAAGGUAGUUUUUUAAAAAUGUAUUUAUCUUUCAUAUAGACUGAGAUUAUUCACUUAAAACAUUUCAAAACUGUCCUUAAUGUAACUAGUAACUUUUUAUACUUUCCAAUUUGGCACUGGCAUAAAGAAUACAGCAAAUUUAUAAUAAGAACAAAGUCAUCAGAUAAGGUACCACAGUAACCUUUAUAACACCAUUAUUAUGGGGAAUUUCCUGAUUAAAAUGCAAUUAGAACUAAUUAUAAAUGUCCUGUUGAUCAGUGUUUUCCUGCCAUGUUACUUUACUCAUCCAACAUUCAAAGUUUUAUAAGUUUCUCAUUCCAAUUCAUUUGAGGAUACCUAAUUAUCCAGCUUAAUUAGAUAUCCACCACAGUUCACGAAGCUCAAAAUAGGCUUUUUGAUUCAUGGUGCUAGUUGGGCAGUUGAUAAAAGUCUAUUAUUUGUCUAUCUGUGUUCUACAAGUUGUUUUUGCACUGUAAACAACCAUGAAUCCUAGUGAUACAAUUGUAACACUGAGGCAUAUACGAAGCUUCACAAAUGUUCUCAGGUUUUAAGUGGUGCUUCUUUUAUCCUGUGGAAAAUUUUUUCAGUUUGCUUUGCAAUAUGUUGGUGCUAAAGAAAUGAUGUUUGGUUUCUGAUGACGUAAAAUUACCAUGGUUAGUCUAGGUAAUAUAGAGGGACAAUGCAUAUGUGUUAGUGCACUACCCAUUUUUUUCUGUUUUUAAAACUUAUUCUAGUUUUAACUAUAAGUAUCUGAAUUGUGACAGAGUGAAUAUAAUCCAGUUACCCUACAUGCUAGUUCAAGAGUCCAUGCAGAUAUCUAAAAUUAUGUUCCUGAAAAUAUUAUUUCAAGCUGGGCAUGUCAAAUAGUAUUUUAAUUGCAUACCUAAAAUUGCCAGAAUACAAAGUAAUAUUGUUAUGUUUAGGUUUCAUACUAAAUAUUUGUAGCCACAAGAAGAGCAAAUAUUUCCCAUGAUCUUUCUCUGGUGCUCAUUACUUCUUAGCAAAACUACAGUUAUUUGUAGUAUGAAUAAAGAGUUUUCUAGUCCCUUUACAUGUAUAUUUAAUUUCUUCUGAAUGAAGGAGUGUAUUUGUAGAAAUGUGCAUGGAAUAGAAAACAUGUUGCAGUUUUUGCUCAAAACAAAAUAGCUCUCCUUAAUACAUACUAUCAAAACACUUCUGCUUAACCGUGUUGUGCUAGAACAUAGUUUGAAAAGUUUCAUUCUGUUGGACAAAGCUUGAAACUGUUAAAAGUAUUCUGAUCAUAGGAUUUAGUGGGAACUCUAGAUUAACUUGUUUUUUCUUAUUUUUCAUGCCAGAGCUACAAAAGUUUAUAGAUUAACAUUUCGUGCCAAGUUUUUAUGUGGAAAAUUUGAUCAAGUAAAAACUAACACCCCCCCUCCCUCGCCAUGUUUUGAAAAACAUUAAAUCCGGACAGGAAACAAGAACAGAGUUGUGCUCUAACCAUGUAUUCUUUUCUCUGUACAACCCACAUCUGCUUAUUCGGUAUGAACAAUAACAACAAGAGCCUCACUUAAUCCUUGCUUUCUACCGGUAUGCUGAAAAAGUGUGAGAAAAAGGAACCUAGUGAUAAGCCCCAAAGCAAUAGCCCAGCUGCAAUUCUCAGAACAGGUAAAACGCCGAAAAUGACUCCAAAGCUAUGCACAAAAUUUCACACUCAGAAGCAACUGCUGUGUUUUGCUCAAACGUCAGAACCAGACUCUUGAACCAAAUGACUCUUUUGUUCCAUGUUUGCAGUAGCUGAAAUGAUCAUUUUUAAAACCAAAGUAUUUUGUGCAUUCCUAGGUGUAUGUUUCAAACCCACACCAAUCUAGCAACUCCUUUACAAUAGGAAAGUAUCUAGAUCAGGGGUCUUCAAACUUGGCCCUUUUAUGACUUGUGGACUUCACUUCCAGAAUUCCCCAGCCGCUGGCUGAGGAAUUCUGGGAGUGAAGUCCACAAGUCAUAAAAGGGCCAAGUUUGAAAACCCCUGAUCUAGAAAGUACAUUUGUCACACAGAGUUAUUAUUGGCCCUUUGAAGAUGAUACAUUUUCAAUAUUAUCAUUAUGUUAUUCAAAAUUACAGCUGCAGGACUUGAAGCCUUGCUGUAGCCAUAUCACCCAGGAGACAAUGACAAACCUUUAAUGAAAUGCAAACACAUCCUAUAUUCCCAGUCUUGCAUAGUCUGAAAAUCUGUUUCCAAAACCUUGCAGAAUCCUAUUUAAAAAAUCCUUUACUGAGGGCCAUGGCAAGUGAAGACCUCCCAAAAAUCAUAUUCUUAAUUUAGCACUGUUUUGAGUAAAUAUGCACAAUCCUGCCGUUUCUUCCACUAACCUUUAUUUGGCCUAUUUCAUAUUGCUUCAAGGUGGCUAUAUUUCCAAGAAUAUUAUACAGCCAAAAGGAUAUCUUUUAAAUCAGAUUACUACUUCUUAAAAGAGUGACUCCCUCAUAAGUUCUAAAAUUAGCAUCCUGCUCCCUUCUCACUGGUGCACGGAUACACCUGUGUGUUCUCCCUCUACCUCUUGUGGAUAACAGAAAUUUCCUUGUGUGAUAUAGUUAAUGCACUAUGGAAGGAAUUUUGGUACAUCUCCUAACUAUGUUCUAGAGGAGCCUUUUCAGAUGCAAGAAAUGACAGUCUUAACUAUAUAGUAUACGCCUUAAUACUGAUAAUACUUCACCUAAUUCUGUUUUUUCGUAUGCAUGGGAGAAAAGUGCUACAUGUGGCUACAGCUCAAUACCUAUUGAAUCAGAUUGUACUCCUAAAAUCCUAUGGAGCUUAUUUCCAAGUUUAAUAAACACUAGAGCUGUGCAGUACUUUGGAUUCAAAGGCAAAAGGCAAGAUCAGGGUUCACCAAAUUGGAGGGGGUGGGGGGGAAAAGUCAAACAUGGAACAUUUUCUAAGCCAUGCAUUAUCUGCAGAUGAUAACAGGAAAUGCAUGAUCACAGGAAUAUAUAUAUAUAUUUGAUUAAAUGAGUUGCAAAGUGAUCUUUUUUGCCUUUAUAACUGAAACACCAUACAAUCCUAUACUGCACUAUUACCAUUUUCUCACAUAUUUUGGAGCUUUUUUACCAUGUUUCACCACUUUGUUUUGGAGUUUACGGUAUGAUUUUUGUGUACUUAUAUAAAUUGUUCAUCUAUACAAAUACUUGAAUAAUGCAGCUUGUUGUGCCUUUUGCCUAGAUAUACUGAAUAAAUUUUGCAAUUGCUAUUUGUAUACUUACUUGUUAUAAAUUGUUG